AUGCUCUCGGUUUGGGUGAUGAUACUUUGGGGAGCAGUUUUGCCAUUGCAUGCAGACAAGUGCCCCAAGUUUUGCAUCUGUGACAGCUCCAAACUCACGGUAGCCUGCAUCGGCAAGAAUUUGACUGAAGUUCCACUCACCAUAGAUGAGAUCACAGUGAAACUGGACUUGAAGAACAACAAUCUUCAGGUCCUGCUGCCAGGCACGUUCCUGCACACUCCAUAUCUCACCCACCUCACCCUGCAGCGCUGCAACAUCAGGACAGUGAAGGAGGGGGCCUUUCGCACCCUGAGUCGCCUGGUCUCCCUCAACCUGGCCAACAACAACAUAGAGAUCCUCUACCAGGAGUCCUUUGACGGCCUCUCCUCCUUGAAGCAGCUGCAGCUGGAACACAACCGUGUUGAGGAGAUCCGACUUGGGGCCUUCACUCAGCUGGGCUUCCUCAACAUGCUCUCCCUCACACACAACCAGCUGGUCUACAUCCCCAACAUGGCCUUCCAGGGUCUGCACAACAUUAAAUGGCUGCGUCUUAGCCACAACUCUCUCAACAACCUGGCUACUGAAGCCUUCGCCAGCCUCUUUACUCUCACACGCCUCAGCCUCGACCACAACGUGUUGCAGUUCUUCCCUUCCUUGACCAUGACCAGAUUACCGGAGGUCACCCGACUUGACCUGAGUUUCAACCCUAUGACCUACCUGGGUGAGGAGGCUGUGUCCAUGCCCAAACUCACCCACCUAUACUUGGACAACAUGUCCCUGCAGGAUAUUUCAGACAUAUCUAUGACCCAAGCUCCUUGCCUCUCCCACCUGGACCUUAGCCACAACCAGCUGAGGUACCUGGAGCCCCUCUCUGGACCCAAGCAGCUUGCGCGCCUCAACCUCACAGGAAACCCCAUCCAGUGCAGCUGCUAUCUGCGGCCCCUUAAGGUUUGGGCCAAGAAGAGCAAAGUGAAACUGCUGGGGGCCUGUGCGGGGCCCCCUCACUUGUCUGACGAGCCUUUGGAGGCAGUGGGGCCCCUGGAGAUGCGCUGUCGGAGCAGGGAAGACAUGCUGAACGAGGAGUUGGAGGAGAAGGUGCAGAGCAGGGAGGAGGCCCUGCCCACAGUUCAGCCUAAGAAGAAGACUAAGUGCCCGGACGACUGUGACUGUGAUGUUGAGGCACAGCAUGCCACCUGUGAGGGGCGGGGCUUUACCAAAGUUCCCCGUGGCUAUCCCUCCACCACCCAGCUCCUGGACCUUCGUGACAACCACUUCCACUAUCUCCCUGGCAACAGUUUUCCUGGAACAGAACAGGUGGUGUCUCUGCACCUGGACUUUUGUAAGAUCCAUGACAUCGAGUCUGGUGCCUUCCGGGGCAUGAAGAGCCUGGUCUACCUUUAUCUAUCCAACAAUGAUCUCACCUCACUGGGUCCAGAGACCUUCACAGGGGCCCCGGAACUCACCUAUCUUCACCUGGAGGGGAACAGGCUUGUCAACUUCCCUGGCGCUGCCCUCUCUGGCCUGUCCAGCCUACUGGUGCUCCACCUGGAGGGUAAUGCUAUCGCUAAGCUGGAGCCCUCAGGCCUGCUCUCCACAGCCCCCGGGCUGAGAGGACUCUAUUUGACUAACAACACUAUAUCAAGCAUUGCCCCUGGCGCCCUGGACUCUGCCCACCUUGAUACACUUCACCUGGAGGCCAAUAAGCUUCCAGAGGUGCCUACUCAUGCUCUGUCCAAGACACCCAGUUUAGAGGAGCUCCGCCUCUCAGGGAAUCCUAUUCGCUGGGUUGGACCAAAGGCAUUUCUUCCUUUCUCUGGGCGUCUGAAGCAGCUCCAUAUGGAUGACAUGGGUUUGGAGAAGAUGGCCAGGCGCUCACUAGCAGGACUGGGCUCUGGGCUGAAGGUGCUCUCUCUGGGGGGGAACCAGCUAAAGGAGCUGCCAGACUUCAGGCCCCUCUCUGGCCUGGAGGCCAUCAACCUGGCUGGCAACCCUUUUCUGUGUGAUUGCCUGCUGCUGCCCCUGCGCAGGUGGAUGGAGAAAGUUCCCCUAAAGACGACUGCCACUUGCGGUCACCCUCCUGAACUCCGUGGUCAGAAUGUCAGAGACGUCCAUGUCUUCAAGGGCUGUCCAGAAGAAAAGGUCAUCCCAGGAAAGUCCUUCAAGGGUCCAAAGACCCCAAAAUCCAGCAAGCCUAAACCCACCAUUCUUCAGGUGACAGAAGGGAAAGUCAAACUGCCAGUAAGAGCCAUAGCCAAGCCAAACAUAGCCAAGCCAAAUAAGGCCAAAGCCAAGCCUGAAAAGAAGCCCCCACUGACUGAAUAUAACAAGAAGGCUGUACAGCCUAAAUUACAAAUUUAA